ACAGUUGGCACACUGAGGGCUGGAUUACACUGAUGGAGUGGUCUGAGGCGCUAGAGUCUUUUAUUUCGAAAGGCCGCCCCGGUGUUGUGUGUGAUUUUGUCUCCAGCUCAUCGUCGCUCCGGUUACUCGGCAGCGAAGACGCGCAGGCUGGAAGAAGGAAGGUUCGGUGAAAAGUUCAGGACAUGCGGCGUCUCUUCCAAACUGACCUCCGACCAGAGCUGAAAAGAGGAACGAGGAGGAGAAUGGACUAAAGCGAGGAGGAGGAGGAGAGGAGCGGAGCGGAGGGGGAGAGCCGAUCACAUCCAUCGAUCCUUUACCAAGGAGUCGUGCUGUAACAAUGAAGGCUGUGUCUGCUGCUUUGACUGUCCUGAUUACAUUCCUCAGUCUGGACUUCCUGUCAGCUCGUCAGUCCAAAUCAGACUUGAUGGACAGAGAAGUUCAAAUUAGUGAAAAAGGACAGAAUAAGAAGAAUCAGCCACACAUCAUAUUUAUUCUGACUGAUGAUCAGGGAUUCAACGACAUCGGCUACCACAACCCGACCAUCAAGACACCAACGCUAGACAAACUGGCAGCAGAAGGAGUGAUACUGGAAAACUACUACGUUCAGCCCAUCUGUACUCCGUCACGCAGCCAGCUGAUGACCGGCAGGUAUCAGAUCCACACAGGUCUGCAGCACUCCAUCAUCAGACCCAGACAGCCCAGCUGUUUGCCCUCACACAUGGACACUCUUCCCGAGAGGCUCCAUGAGGCUGGCUACGCCACACACAUGGUGGGCAAAUGGCACCUGGGCUUCUACAGGAGAACGUGUCUGCCCACCAGAAAGGGUUUCGACUCAUUCUUUGGUUCCCUAACAGGAAGUGUAGAUUAUUACAGUUAUGGGUCUUGUGAUGGUCCUGCGCUGUGCGGGUACGAUCUCCAUGACAAUGAGAGCGUUGCCUGGGGUCAUGAAGGAAAAUACUCCACCAUGCUUUUCACACAGAGAGCUCGCAAAAUCCUAGAGAGCCAUAACCCGACAAAGCGGCCACUCUUCUUGCUGCUUUCCCUUCAGGCAGUCCACACUCCUCUACAGCCCCCUAAGUCCUACAUCUACCCCUACCGGGACAUGACCAAUGUUGCCAGAAGGAAAUUUGCAGCCAUGGUUUCGACCGUAGACGAGGCGGUUCGAAACGUCACCUAUGCUCUCAGAAAGUACGGAUACUACAAGAAUAGCGUGAUCAUCUACUCCACUGACAACGGAGCUCAGCCCUUUACAGGCGGUAGCAACUGGCCUCUACGAGGUCGAAAGGGCACCUACUGGGAGGGCGGAGUCCGUGGAGUGGCGUUUGUGCACAGCCCGCUGCUGAAAAGAAGGAGACGGGUCUCUAAAGCCCUCCUCCACAUCACCGACUGGUUCCCUACACUGGUGCGACUGGGCGGUGGGAACCUAAGCCAGAGCCAAGGCCUGGACGGUUUUGAUGUCUGGCCCACCAUCAGCGAGGGGAAGGAGUCUCCUCGACAGGAGAUCCUUCACAACAUCGACCCUCUGUUCAGAUCCCCUACAGCCACCAUGAGCUGGGAUGACACCACCACCACCACCAAGAAAUCUUCUGUAACAAGCAAAUCAAAAGGAGCAGCAUUCAAAAUACCAAAGAAGAAGAAAGUUCUGAAACAGAAACUGAAUAAAAAAUCAACGUUCAAGUUAAAGACCACAAAGAGACCUCAGAUGUUUCCACGUUCUGCUGCUAAGUCCAAACAGCCCAAGACCCCUCCCAAAAUUAAGCUGAAGCCCGCUCCAAAGCCCAAGCCCAAAACCAAAGUCCAAUCCCAGCAGCAGUCCCAGCUCCAUUACAGACCACAUUCAAAGAUUCACUCGAGUAGUUCUCCGUCUGUAUCAAGUACAUCCCAUCACAAAUCCAAAUCCAAGCGGACUACAUCACAGAACCAGAACCUGUCUCAGUCCAGACAAACUCAGAACAAAUCAAAAAAGCUGCUUAAACAGUUACAGUCAAAGUCCAGACAGAUAGGCCAGUACAAAACCACGUCCCAAACAGAAACACUUCAAGCCAAAUCUGGGUUUAAAUCAUCUCCAGUGUGGGACACGUCGGUGCAAGCUGCGAUCCGAGUCGGAGACUGGAAGCUGCUGACAGGAGAUCCCGGACACGGAGACUGGGUCCCACUUCAGAUGCUUCCCAGCCUUCCGGGUCGCUGGUGGAACCUCGAGCGAUCCUUAUCGUUUGACAACAAAUCCUUGACCCACAAAAAAACGGUCUGGCUCUUCAACAUCACAGGUGAUCCUUACGAGAGGUAUGACCUGGCAGACCAACGGACAGAUGUGGUCAAACAACUGCUGGACCGCCUCGCCUAUUACAAUCAAACUACUGUGCCGGUCUACUUCCCACCGGAUGACCCGCGGGCUGAUCCGAGCAGACACGGGGGAGCCUGGGUUCCCUGGGCCAAUGACGACGAAGAGGAAAAAUAUCAUGGUGUUUAUAAGAAAGGAAAGAGCAAAAAAAAGAAGAAUCAAUGCCGACUGUGCAAACUGAAAUCCUUCUUUCUGAAAAUGAACACAAGGAUGAUGUCCAACCGGAUCUGAGGAGUAGGACUUCUAGACUAGAAAGAAAUCAGUUUAUUUUACCGCCACAUCUUUAAAGUUCAGCUAAAAUAGGUUAUGCUUUUUUCUCUAUUUUUAAAAAUACUUAUUUAGCUCUGACCAAUUAUGAACUUUAUAAUUAAAUAUAAAUAAUUAAAGCACACGUACCUGUACAAAUGUGACCCGAGGUGACCCUGGAAAGUUGGUCCCUCUUAGUGACAUUUAAAGGCCUCAUUCACUGAGAAACUGUGAUACUUGUUCUUUUCAAAAUGAGACCCAUCAGUCCGAGUCGUUUAUGCAUGCUGAAUGUGAAAACGUUCACGAGUUUUUUUUCCUCACAGAAAAUGACUCAAAAGGCCUUUAUUACCACCAGAGAUCACAGCAGAUUAACUGAAAAAAGAGCGAACGAGAGCUUCAAAGCUACAAUAGCAAAUCUGGAAAACAAGCUAGCUUACAAUAUAAUUUUCAUGCCUCCUAAUAUUCCAUCUUAGUAUAGCUAUAAAUAUUUUGUGCAGAUUAAAGCGAAAUAAAAAAAUUGAAUUAAGUGGUUCUUAUGCAUUUGUCUAAAAACUUCCGCCAGUAACGCAGCUGUGCCCGAAACCAACAAUUGGACCAACCGGUUGUCGGUCUCACUGAACCGCCGCACUUCCCUGGGUCCUCCAUUCAUGACACGCUCACUUUUUAUCCCAAAAACCAAAGCAUAAUUUGAAGUCACGGGCAGCUAAAUACGACUUACAAACAGUGACUGAUGUUUAGCACUAUCUUAGUUUCCUCUGUCAAUGUGGGUUCUGGUAUCGGGGGCGUGGCCUAGCAAUGGUAGCUGACUGGAGGGGUUACUGUGUGUUUAAAAGCUAGCUUGUUUUGCAGAUUUGCCAUUGCAGCUUUAAAAGCCGCUGCUGACUGGUGUUCUUCGUUUAGUUAUUUGUUUUUCAUCUUUUUCUUUAAAUGUGACUCAAAGACGGAGCUCUUGGUACCAGAACUGAAACUGAGAGGUAGUAAAAUGUUUUUAACACUGUAAAUGUUUCUGAUAAAUAACGUUUACUAAGAGUGAUAUUGUAUGAAGGCGUAGAGCAGUCACCCAAGCGAAAUAAAAUUUGAGCAACAUUUUAAAACAGGUUAAUUUUAUUGUUCUUUCACAUUUUCACCCUAACCUUAAAAAAUAUCAUUCUAACAAUGUACAUACAAGUCACUUUGUACAAUAUUAUUUUAUUGUAUGAAUGUGACACACAUGCAUAUUGUAAGAAUGUGAAAAACUAAUCUAUCCCUGUACGGAAUAUUGCUCUAACUUUAUUUUGAGUGGGUGGCAGCUCUGCGUUGACAUAAUUUUGACCAAAUUUAGUUUAUGUAUCUUAUUAUUAUUUUUACUCACGUCUGAAUGUUUAAUAAAAAUGUUUACGUUUGAGAUUUUAAGUAAAUGUUGAUAACAGUA